AGAGUUUCACCCCUUGUUCUGGUCCUCAGUGGCAAGCGGGAGUCUUGCCUGGGGGAAUCGUGCUGAGCCGUCCUCCGCUGACUGCACCCUACCCUGAGGCUUAAGCCCUCUCCUGGCCAAAGUUUCUGUGAAUUCUUUAUCAGCCCUCACUGACUGCUGCACUCAUUUGCCAUCAUGCCUUUGGCCUUAAACGGACCAUCAGAGCUGCUUUUCUAUGUGAAUGGUAGAAAGGUAAGAGAGAAGAAUGCAGACCCUGAAACAAUGUUGUUAUCAUAUUUGAGGAAGAAACUUCGUUUGACAGGGACAAAAUAUGGCUGUGGAGGAGGUGGCUGCGGAGCUUGCACGGUGAUGAUAUCAAGAUAUGACCCAGGGACUAAGAAGAUAAGACACUAUUCAGCCAAUGCCUGUCUGCUUUCCAUAUGCUCUCUAUAUGGGACUGCUGUCACCACAGUAGAAGGUAUAGGAAACACCAAAACCAGGAUUCAUCCAGUGCAGGAAAGAAUUGCCAAAUGCCAUGGGACUCAGUGUGGAUUCUGUAGCCCUGGAAUGGUGAUGUCUUUGUACUCUCUUUUGAGAAACAUUCCGAAACCCUCCAUGGAUCAGUUAAUGGAAGCUCUUGGAGGUAACUUGUGCCGUUGCACUGGAUAUCGGCCCAUAGUAGAUGCUUGCAAGACUUUUUGUAAAACUACGGAUUGUUGUCAGGGUAAGGAAAAUGGCAUCUGUUGCUUUGAUCAAGAAGAAAAUGAAUUGCUGGAUUCUGAACAAGAAAAUAUGACAUGUGAAAAACUAUUUCAAGAAGAGGAGUUUCUGCCAUUGGAUCCAACCCAAGAAUUUAUUUUUCCCCCUGAACUAAUGUUGAUGGCUGAGAAACAAACUAAAACUACAAGGGUUUUCUAUGGGGAGCGAAUAACUUGGAUUUCUCCUGUAACACUAAGAGACCUUCUCGAAGUGAAAGCCAAAUAUCCAGAUGCACCAAUUGUUAUGGGAAACACCACUGUGGGACCUGAUAUGAAAUUCAAAGGAAUUUUUCACUCAGUUAUCAUUUCCCCUGAUGGAAUUGCAGAACUUAAUGCUGUAAAUUACAAAGACAAUGGGCUGACGAUAGGUGCUGGUUGUAGCCUAGCUCAACUGAAAGAUAUCCUGACUGAUAUGAUCUUGGAGCUUCCAGUAGAGAAGACUCAAACAUACCGGGCUCUCUUAAAGCAUCUGAGAACUCUAGCAGGAUCACAGAUCAGGAAUGUGGCAUCUUUAGGAGGCAAUAUCAUCAGUAGACAUUCAACAUCAGAUCUGAAUCCCCUUCUGGCUGUGGGUAACUGUACCCUUAAUCUGGCUUCAAAAGAUGGAAAACGACAAAUUCCUUUAAAUGACCAAUUUCUUAUGAGGGCACGGAGUGCAGAUCUCAAGCCAGAAGAAAUCUUGGUCUCAGUGAACAUCCCCUAUUCUAGGAAGUGGGAAUUUGUCUCAGCCUUUCGACAAGCUCCACGUCAGCAAAAUGCCCUGGCAAUUGUUAAUUCUGGAAUGAGAGUUCUUUUUGAAGAAGACACAAACAUCAUUAGAGACAUCUGCAUUUUCUAUGGAGGCAUUGGUACUACCACUGUCUGUGCUAAGAAAAUUUGCCAGAAGCUCAUAGGAAGAGCAUGGAAUGAAGAGAUGCUGGGAGAAGCUUGCAAGUUGGUUCUAGCUGAAGUUUUGCUCCCUGGCUCAGCUCCAGGUGGAAUGGUGGAAUACAAGAGAUCCCUCAUUGUUAGUUUUCUUUUCAAAUUCUACAUAGAAGUUUUGCAAAAUUUGAAGAUGAUGAACCCUUCUCUCUGCCCUUCUUUACCAGAUGGAUAUGGGAGUGUUUUAGAAGAUUUCCAUUCCAAACAUUAUGAGACUGUUUUAAGGUACCAGAAGGUAGAUACAAAACAGUUUCUUCAAGAUCCAGUUGGGCGUCCCAUCAUGCACCUCUCUGGUAUUAACCAUGCAACAGGUGAAGCCAUCUACUGUGAUGACAUACCAGCACAUGACCAGGAACUUUUCUUGGCCUUUGUAACAAGUUCAAGAGCUCAUGCCAAGAUUGUGUCUAUUGAUACAUCAGAAGCCCUAAAACUACCAGGAGUAAUUGAUGUCCUGACGGGUAAAGAUCUUCAGGAUGUAAACUCCUUCAAGAGUUUUCUUGAAAAUGAGAAAAUAUUGGCAACUGAUGAGGAAGCUAUACAGCACAAAUCUUUCUAUGAGCCAGAAAGAAAAAUAGAAUAUGGAGAUGUUGAUGAAGCAUUUAAAGCUGUUGACCAAAUCCUUGAAGGUGAAAUUCACAUUGGAGGCCAAGAACAUUUUUACAUGGAAACUCAAAGCAUGCUGGUUGUUCCAUAUGGAGAGGACAAAGAAAUGGAUAUCUAUGUGUCGACACAAUUUCCCAGGUUAGCCCAGGACAUAGUAGCCUCCAUAUUAAAGGUUCCAUCUAACAAGAUCAUGUGUCAUGUCAAGAGAGUUGGUGGAGCUUUUGGUGGAAAAGCAUCAAAAACUGGUUUCUUAGCAGCUAUCACAGCAUUUGCAGCAAACAAAACUGGCUGUCCAGUCCGCUGUAUUCUGGAACGUGGAGAAGAUAUAUUAAUAACUGGAGGCCGUCAUCCUUAUCUUGGAAAAUACAAAGUGGGAUUCAUGAAUGAUGGUAGAAUCAUCGCCCUGGAUGUUGUACAUUAUGCAAAUAGUGGCUUCACGUUGGAUCUCUCUCUAUUUGUAAUAGAGAUGGGUCUCCUAAAAUUGGACAAUGCUUACAAGAUCCCAAAUCUACGCUGCCGAGCCCUUGCUUGCAAAACGAAUCUACCUUCCAACACUGCUUUCCGUGGAUUUGGCUAUCCCCAAGUAGGGCUGAUUAUGGAAUCAUGCAUCAUGAAAGUUGCGGCCCAAAGUGGCUUACCACCAGAGAAAGUGAGAAUGAUAAACAUGUACAAAGAAAUGGAUGAAACACACUACAAGCAGGAGAUUAAUGCAAAAAACCUAAUAAAAUGUUGGAAUGAAUGCAUGGAGAUAUCCUCAUACUAUGCAAGGAAAGCAAUGAUAGAAGAUUUCAAUAAGAAGAAUUACUGGAAAAAGAAAGGAAUUGCACUUAUUCCAAUGAAAUUUCCUAUUGGUCUUGGUUCACUUGCUGCUGGUCAGGCAGCUGCUCUAGUUCACGUCUAUCUGGAUGGAUCUGUGCUAGUGACUCAUUGUGGCAUUGAAAUGGGGCAGGGAGUUCAUACCAAAAUGAUUCAGGUUGUCAGUCGUGAGUUAGGGAUGCCAAUGGACAAUAUUCACUUGCGUGGAACGAGUACUGAAACGGUCCCUAAUGCAAAUGCCUCAGGAGGAUCUGUGGUGGCAGAUCUCAAUGGAAUGGCACUGCAGGAUGCUUGUCAAAUUCUUCGAAAACGUCUGGAACCCAUCAUUAGCAAAAAUCCUCAUGGCACAUGGAAGGAAUGGGCACAAGAAGCUUUUAAUCAAAGCAUUAGUCUUUCAGCAACUGGAUAUUUCAGAGGUUAUGAAUCUGACAUGGACUGGGAAAAAGGUGAAGGUCACCCAUUUACCUACUUUGUGUAUGGAACUGCCUGUUCAGAAGUUGAAGUCGACUGCUUGACAGGAGAUCAUAAGAACAUAAGAACAGAUAUUGUCAUGGAUGUUGGUCACAGUAUCAAUCCAGCUCUUGAUAUAGGGCAGGUUGAAGGUGCAUUUAUUCAAGGUGUGGGUCUUUAUACAUUAGAGGAACUGAAAUAUUCACCUGAAGGAAUUCUCUAUACUCGUGGGCCAGAACAAUAUAAAAUUCCUUCCUUCUGUGAUGUUCCUAAUGAGUUCAAUGUUUACUUUUUGCCUCCUUCUGAGGUUGCACAGACUCUAUACUCAUCAAAGGGUCUGGGUGAGUCUGCAUUAUUCCUGGGAUCCUCUGUGUUUUUUGCUCUCCAUGAUGCAAUCCGGGCAGCAAGACAAGAAAGAGGAUUCUCUGGAGUCUUCACACUGAAUAGUCCAUUGACCCCUGAGAAGAUUAGAAUGGCCUGUGAAGAUAAAUUUACAAAAAUGAUUCCAAAGGAUGAACCUGGAUCUUAUGUUCCUUGGGACAUUUGCAUAUGAAUAAACAACCAACUUGGGGAGAAAAUAUAAUGGAAAUUUUUAUUAUACAUGGUAAUGGGGAAUCAAUCUCUCCAAUUUCUUUAUAUUUUAUGGUAACAUUUCUAAAAAUAUUAAUUUCCACAUAAUACUAAGAAUUUGGCAAGUAAAGAAUUUUAUCUGUUUUUAGGUACAUUAAACAAUCACCGGCUGUCUUCAGAUUUUUAUAACUAUCUUUAGUCAGUAAAGACCAAAUGAAAAGCCCAGCUUCUAAUUUUUUUUUAGAAUGUUUUUUUUUCUCCCAUUAGGACUUUGCCUAAGAUUGAAUCAUUUUUAUUGCUUAAGUUUUGUGUUUUGGCAGUCAAUUUUCUUAAAUUAGGAUAUGCCAUAUUUUAUAGGGAUUUGCCCCAUUCCUGAACUUAGUAUAUAUUCUACAAAAUUGGCAUUCAAUAAAUCCUUGGUGAUUAAUGAGACUUUUUGAAUAGUUUUUUAAAGAUCUGAAAACAGAGGUAAAGCAAGUAUAUUUGAUUCCAUUUAUUUCUGACUUACAUUUAAGAAGUGCUAAUAAUGAAUACUCAAUUUUGCUUCUAGGAGAAAAUAUAAUAUUUCAUACUUAAAUGGGAAACACUCCUUUACUGCAAGAAAUUAGCUUCUAUCCUAUAAACAUUUGUUCAUUAUCAUCUAAGACUUAAAGCUGUAUGCCUAUUAAAUACAAGGUGAGGAUGUGUGUUAGAUGAUUAUUAAAAGAGUUUCUAAAUUUAUAUAGUGCUUUAAAGUUUGGAAAGUGAUAUAUAUGAACAUACACACAUACAUAUAUAUGUAAUCUCACUUUAGUCAUGUAACAUUCCUUCUAAUAGGAUUCUAACAGGUAAACUCCAAGAUAUAUCAAUUGGUUGUUGAUGAUUAAUAAAUACCAUCUAAUAAUGAU